AAGUCUCGGAUUUUACGACGCUGUGUGCGGUGUCACUUUACGGCAGCAUGGCGGCCCGCUGUCUGGCGCUGUGAUCCCCGUCGGCUGCGACCGCCAGAGGCUCAAACCCGGUCAUGAAAACGCCACCGGGACAAUGAUGAUGUGCUUGCGGAAGGUUCCCGGUCCGUUGUGGCGCAACGCGGCGACGCUCCGCCGCCUCGUGUCCGCCGGCGCGCUUCCGCCGCGGCCUGCGUCACGUACGCGCGCACCCGCCACCGACUACGCGCCGUCAACGCGGCCCCCGGUCCGCGGGAUCCUCCUGCGGGUUAAAGGGGACGUUCUUCUGCUGCACCGGGGAGGUCACGGGAGGUCGGUGGCAGGUCUCCGGCCCCCGCUUCCCGGCGCCGUCCGCGGGCUCUGCGGCGGGAAGGCCGCGGGGACACCGGACGGCGCGCGGCCCGGCGACCGGAACGAGCCCGCCGAUCCGGUACCGGGAGAAGAGCUCUUCAAGUUCAAAGAGCUGUACGAGAACCCGUGGACAAUCCCCAACUUCUUGUGCGUGUCUCGGAUCCUGCUGGCCCCCUUCUUGGGUCACCUGGUGAUCCAGCAGCACUUCCACCUCAGCCUGGCCCUGUUCACGCUGGCCGGAGCCACCGACCUGUUGGACGGUUACAUCGCCAGAACGUGGCCCACUCAGAAGUCGGCGCUGGGCAGCGCUCUGGACCCGCUGGCCGACAAGAUUCUCAUCAGCAUUUUGUACGUCAGCCUCACGUACGCCGGGCUCAUACCAGCUCUGCUGACGGCGCUGGUGAUCUCCAGAGACGUCGGGUUGAUCGCCGCCGUCUUCUGGGUCCGAUACAAGACGGUGCCGCCGCCGGUGACCCUGAGCAGGUUUUUUAACCCCUGCUACACCACAGCGCAGCUCAAGCCCACACUCUUCAGCAAGGUGAACACAGCCAUCCAGCUCCUCCUGGUUGCUUCCUCUCUGGCUGCUCCAGUGUUCCAGUACACGGACAGCGUGCUGCUGCAGUGCUUGUGGUUCAUCACGGCGGCGACCACGGCAGCGUCGGGCUACAGCUACUGGCACUACGGCCGCGAGACGGUGCGGGUGCUCAACACCAGGUCGCCGUGACGACCGCACCAGACAGCGCGGGGUGGGGCGGGGGGGGGGGUUUGAGGGGCGGCCCGCGGCAGAGACACUGAUCGGCCGGACAGACGGUGGAUUCGCCAGGAGCUUUGUAACCAAGUAGUUGUGACAACUAUGACAUCUAUGAGUCGCCAUGGCGAUGACACGCGGUAACCAACCAAGGCCACAGAUGGCUCCGUGCGACGCCACUGGACCGGCUGUGGACGAGAGAUGGACACUUUAAACCCGCAGACAAAAAUAGACCUCCCCCCCCCCCCCCCCCUGCCCACACACACACUAAUAUACAUGUUGAGUAUAUGUCAAGUAGUCCGGCUAAAAGCUUCUGUUUUUUCAUUUGCGGUCGCAACAUCAACACGAUUUUCGUCAUUUUUGUAGACCAGGAGUUCAUGAUUAAAACAGAGAAUCUGC